AUCCGAGCUUGAGUAAAAGCACGAUAAAGGCGUUCUACCCCCGCGUUGACGUUGGAAGCUUGAUCAGUGUGAUUCAGUCUCAUAUGCACUUUGCUCAUAACCUCCAAUCAAACACCUCGUCAUAUAAAAAUGUCGUCUUUGAACGAUAAACUCGCCGCUGCUCUUUCGUCCCGAGAAAAACGGCACAUUCGCCGACGCCUCCCUGUCUCGACCUCUACAGUACUCCCCUCUGCAGAUUUUACAUCCAACGACUAUCUUUCUUUGGCUACCUCGUUGACCCUUCGCUCAGCAUUCCAAUCUGCUCUUUCUGUCGCCCCUCAAAUACUGGGAUCAGGUGGUUCCCGGCUACUUGUACCAGCACCUGCUCACGUUGCCCUCGAAAGUCGACUGGAGAGGUUCUUCGAUGCUGAGAAGGCGUUGUUGUUCAACUCAGGUUUCGACGCAAACGUUGCAUUCUUCUCCGCCAUUCCUCAGCCUGGUGAUGUAGUGCUAUACGACGAGCACAUUCACGCAUCUGUUCAUGAUGGGAUGACUGCUUCGCGGGUAGAUUCCUCCAGCCUCAUCAAAUUUCCACACAAUUCAGUUGCAGCGCUUAAGCGAUCACUGCGAAAAUUACUUCACGAGCGAGAUGAUCUUCGGGAUGGGAAGGCAAGCGCAUUUGUGGCAGUGGAAAGCCUAUAUAGCAUGGACGGGACGUUCGCCCCCUUGCAAGAAAUUGUGCAUUGCGUCGAAGAAAUGUUGCCAAGGGGGAAUGGAUAUGUGAUAGUGGAUGAGGCGCAUGCAACAGGGAUAUAUGGCCCGCAAGGUCGAGGGAUGGUUGCUGCACUAGGACUUGAGGGACGCGUCCUGGCGCGAUUGCACACAUUCGGGAAGGCGCUUGCAGGAUCAGGAGCUGCGAUAUUGACCACAGAACUCAUACGGGAUUACCUCUUGAACUAUGCCCGUCCACUUAUAUAUACCACAACGCUCACGUACGCAAAUGUCAUUGCUGUCGAGUGUGCCUUUGAUAUGCUGGAGAAUGGAAGUGCCGGAGUGCUUGCGCUCCAUCUCCUAGAUCUAUCAAGGUACUUCUUGGAGCUUCUAAGACCACACCUACAAUCAGCUCCGCCCGAACUGCUCUGUCUUCCUGAUAAUUUAAGUGUGGAUAGCCCUCAAGAUCCCUCGAAUACAUCCUUUCCUCCCCCGACGCCUAUCAUACCUCUCCUUACGCCUCAUCCACACUCUCUUGCUGCACAUCUUGCUUCCCUUCCACGACCACUGUUCACUAAAGCAAUAACAUGGCCCACUGUUCCUGUAGGAGCAUCCCGCGUAAGAGUAUGCUUGCAUGCAGGACACACUCGAGACGAUGUAAAGAAAUUGGUGGAAGGCGUUGUAGACUGGGUACAGGCAUGGCUCGUAAGAGAAAGAGAAGAAGCAAGACAUUGGCUUAAUAUGGCCGAAGUGGAAGGUGUAGGAGUGUGGAUGGAGUCGAAGUUGUAGAUUAUAAGGGUGUAAUUUUAUCUUGGUCGACGGGAUCGUCGUAAUGUAGCUGUACUGUAGUGAUACCCCUUCAAAAUUCCCGUCCUCCUCCGUCUGUUCAGUUUUUGUUCUUCCUACGCAAUU